CCUUGUUAAAGUGCUGUUCUCUUGUCUCUAGGUGAUGGAGUUUGGGCCAACAUGGCGUCUGCGCUGUUGCUAGGCAACGGCAUGGCUGCGCUUUGAGUAUCGCUAUAGACGGAGACCGCAGUUAUGCUGGAGAGCAGAUUUGAAUUUAGUCAGACUGGCAAAAAGAAGUGGAAUGCUCAAAUGAUUCCUAUUUGCAAACACUUUAGGAGGAGGUGUAGCAGCCCCUCAAGGCAGUGACAGAGAAGAUGUCAGAAAGCAGAGGUCAUUUGCAUUUUAGACUCAAUUAUGCCGAGGAGUUCAGAAUCAAAAAGGAGCUGGAAAAAUUGCUAAAACGCUCCCAGAAGGAUAUGAGACACACCACAGUGGAAUCUGGUCCUGCGAGUAACUUGCCAUUAUCCUUUACUGAACAGUCACCUCCUCCCCAUUCUGGAUCGUUUGAUUGUCUAAGCAGUCCAACAUCUGAAACUGCAAGUAAGCCCUACAAGCCAUGUGUGCAGUCCAUGUGUGGGAAUGGUAGACUUCAGGAAGCUAAUAAUUCUGAGUACAAAAAGAAAACUCUACAUAUGAAACUUAAACCAUUAACAAACCUGCCACAUCAACCUCAUCAGGAUAUCCUGCAAGAUUUUGCACAACAUGAAGAGCCUCAGAAUGAAUUUAUUCUGCCAAAAUCCUCAGAAAUGGACAACAGUGCCAAGAGGCCAGCCAUUGCAUCAAUGCUAGGAACAACAAAAUCUGUUUUGGUGUUUCCACGUCCAGAACCUCCGUCUAAACCCCGUACAUAUAUCUCUCAGGUGUCAUCUAAACCAGCUGUUUCAGCAAAGAAAAAAACUUCCCAAAAGAAGGAGAUCAAUGUUAGAAAACUAAUAAAACAUUCGUCCUCUAAAAAUAAUAAGAAGGAUGAGGAUGCAGUAUCAUGUUCUACAUCAACUACAGACAGCACUGUUAGUGGAAGCUCUUCAGACUCGGAUUCAGAUGACAGUAGUGACAAUGAAAAUAGAAGAAAGAAGAGGAAGAAAGUAUCUAAAAAGAAACAGAAUUCUACCUUUGCUCCAGUUUCUCCCUCAAUGCCUUUCACAGAACUUUCUCCUGUUACAUCUGCAGCAUUUACCCAAGGACAAGGUAAAAGGGAUGAACAAGGACAGACAGAGUAUACUUCAGAAAAAGCAGAGUCAAAGAUUUCUACUUCUUUGAAAGCACCCACAGUUAGAACAGUGGAUGAAAUUAUUUCCUCUCUACGGUCUCCUUUUGCCUACGCUCCUAGUGCCUCAGAUGUAAUGAUAAAGCGGUUAAUGGAAAGUGUAGGUUUAAACUAUGACAUCACUUAUGGGCAGGAACUCAUUAAAGAGAGACAAGAGGUUCAAAUACAGGAAACUGAUCAACCGGUGCUGGCUGAUAAGGAAACUCCGUCUGCCCACCAACCUGCUGACCAGAGUUCUGAUUUAUGUUUGGAAAGGAUCCGAUCCCCUGCAUCAAUGAAAAAUGAGAUAGAAUUACACACUGAAACAUCCACUCUGGCAGAAAAGGAGUUCAAGCCACAUUUGUCAGAAGAAGUCAUGACUGAACAAACAGCCAUACAUACCCUUAAGUUACCAGCACAGGUAACCUUUUCAGACAUCAUUCAUGUGAAAGGAAGUGCAGCGCCAGUGACGAGACGGGAGCCGCCAAAGAUUCCUCCUCCAUCGUUCCUCGCCACCUGGGAGCCAAGAAGCAAGGAGAAUGGACAUCAAACAAUCCAUCACUUCUGCACAGUGUCACCUAGCUAUGUUUUACCGAGUUCCCUUAAGAUGGCUCUGCGUGUGCAUCACACAGUGGGCAGGAAAGGCCAUAAUAGCUUCAGUGUGAACCAAGGCUUGCCCAGCACACCAACAGAGGACUGUUCCGCUGAUGCUCACAAUCUUUCACACAUCCAGAAAACAAUGGGAAUUCUGCAACAUGGAAUUCCAGCGUCAGUCCCCCAAGACCAGAAGGACAGUCUUAUCACACACCCGCCUCACAGUUCUCGUAGCCUAGAGGAAUGGCAGAAAAUAGCAGAAUAUUAUGUAGAAGGACCUCGAAUGAUGCUUGUUGGGCAACAGGCACAGCUGCACUCUGAAACCCAAAGGAUGUUCUGGGCUCCAGCUCCCCCAAAAUUUUCAGCACCACUGUCACUGAUUCAAAACAAACUGUUUUCAAAGUAUGAGAGCUGCGUGGAGGAGCUGCAUAGAAUGGAAGAGUUCUCCUCAGUGCAACAACAAAGGGAAUCCUCAGUUUCUGAUGAUGAGCAAGAAGACAAAGAUCACCGGGACAGAGUAUUGUUUUCAAGGGCCAAUUCCUUACCGAACAUCAGUGUCUCAUUAGUCUUUACAGUCAGUGGAUCAUUGCAGACUUCUCUUUCAACAUCUGCACCAGAUAUAUCUGACCACACAGAAUCCACCUUUCACCUGGCAUCUGAUUUCAGGACAAGCAUGAAAGAGCUGGAAAUGUGGAGACAUCAGUCUUUCAUGCCGAUAGCGGUUACCAAAGAUGAUCCAAAGCCCAGUUCCAAUUUUGCUGUUAGUCAUGGUGCUGAUGUUGCCCUUGCUGGGCUUGUGCGCCUGGAUGCCACAACAGCCCCUGAGGAAACACAGUUAUCAUAUAUUACUUCUCUCAAGAAAAAGCGAUCAAGAAAAAAGAAGAAAUUACUAGAUAAAGUGAAGUUGCAAUGUGUGUAUGAUGAGUUAAGCCAGCCCCCACAAGCUCUGGAAAGAUCGGAAUCUCUCACACUAAUACCAGCCAGUCUUUCAUACAGUUAUAAAGAAAAGCGCUAUUCACGGAGCUCCAGCCUUCCACCAAAGCUGGACUUUUCCUCAUUUGUCAGAAAAUAUGGAGGGAUACGUGAUAAGCAAGUAGUUCGUGAAUGGGUACGAGACAUUUGGAACACAUGGUUUGAUGAAGUAUUCCCACCGAGCCGAGCGUCAUCUGAUAAUGAGCAAGAGCAGCCUUAUAGUCUUAAGGAAAUAACUGAGGGGGCAACUAAGGAAGGCAUUCUCUGGCUGCAAGAUUCCGUACAACCUGUUCUUAUUGAGGACCCAGGAGCAUCAGUGGAAGAUCUUGAGGGUGAGAUAGCUCGGCUGACUGUUCUCAUAGAUGAAAAAGAAAAGCCCUGCGCAUUUCAUUGUUGCAGAAGAGGUGCGCUGAACAGAAAGUUGGGAAAGCUAAGUUUGGCGAUUCAAGAUCUAAAUCUGGCUAUAAAUCUGGAGCCACAGUUACUGGAUGCUUAUUGGAACCGCCAUUUAAUUUUCUGUUUGCAAGGAAAGACAACGGCAGCAUUGGAAGAUCUGAAUAUGAUUAUAAAACUGAACAAAUUGUACACAGAUGCUUACCUGUCCAAAGCAGAAAUUUAUAAGCAAGAGGGGGAUUAUACUAUGUCCAUUCUGAGCUACACGCAGGCUCUCAAAUGCCGCCCUGAUGAUGAUGAAAUCUACUUCCGCCGAGCGCAGAUGUACGAGGCCCAGGAUGAAUAUAAAAUUGCAAUGGAUGACUAUGCAAAGUGCUUUCAACUCAGUCAAAGUCGUGUCGACGCCCUGCAAAAGCAUGGAAUGUAUUGCUUUGAGAACUGCAACUGGAAUAUUGCUGUGCAAGAUUUUACUGCGCUCAUCAAACAGGAUAUCAAUAAUGUUGAGGCCAGAAUUUUCCGUGGAAGGGCACACACCCAACUGGCCAAUUAUACAGAAGCAGCAGAGGAUUUUUCAGCUGCCAUUCAUCUGAACCCCAGCAACUGGAUGGCUUUCUAUUACCGAGGGUGUUUGCUGCGUAAAUGCCUUCCCUGGCAGGCUGUGCAGGAUUUUAGCAUCUCUGUGCUUCUCUGUGACAGCUCUGAAAACCUGAAUGCAUUCUUGUACCGUGGGAUUCUGUAUAUAGACAUGGGCUUAUGGGCCGAGGCUAUAUGUGACUUUGAACGCGUUCUUGCUCUGGAUAGGACUGUUGUCUUGGCGCACAUGAACCUUGGAUUGAUCUCGCUACUGAAUCGAAAAGAUUAUGCUCAAGCUAUCCGGCACUUUACUGCUGCACUUAAUGUUGAUCCGGUUUAUAUAAAAGCCUAUCUGUGUAGGGCUCAAGCCUUCCAACAGAUAAACGAUUUGAACAACGCAAUGAAAGAUAUAACACGGGCCAUUCACUUGCACCCUGACUCGCCGCAGCCCUACCUCAUUAGGGGUCAGUAUCUGUAUGAAAUGAAGAAAUACAGCUUGGCCAGCUUCUGCAUCAACUAUGCUGCUGAGAUGACUCAAGGUUCCUCGGCAGCUCAACAAGCUUUGGUCCAAUCCUUCCGCCAGCAAUAUAGCAAUGCCAUUGAGUGCCUAGUAUCUGCUAUCCAAGCCAAACCAGCCCCAGCCUUGGUGAUCCUACUGGGAAAAAUACAAAUGAAGGCCAAUAACAGCAAGGAUGCAGUGAAAACCUUCAGGGAUGCCCUGGAUAUGUUUAAAUCAUCAAAUGAUCUAAUUUUAUCACCCUCAAACAAAGCAGAAAUCCUUUUUAACUUGGGUCUGUGUUACAUGGAACAGUUUGAUUUCCAAAAGGCUCUUGAAGCUCUUACCUCUGCCAUUAAAGUUCGCUCGAGAUUUCAUGAAGCAUAUUAUCAGCGUGGGCUUUGUCGCAUGCAUCUCCAGCAAGCAAAAUGUUUGGAUGAUUUCAACAAAGCACUGGAAAUCAACCCUAACUACUUCCAGGCCUUAUUGUGUCGUGCCACUUUCUAUGGAUUCAGGAAGAGAUACUCUAAAGCUAUCAUGAACUGCAAUGCUGCAAUCAAGGUCCAGCCACACAGUGUGAGAGCCUACCUCUACCGGGGGGCAUUGAAAUACUACAUAAAGGCGUACAAAUUGGCAGUUCAAGAUUUCAGUAAAGCGGCAACGUUGGAUCCAACCUGCUCACUAGUGUAUUACAACAGAGGAGUGUGCCAUCAUCAGACUAAGAUGUAUGAUGAGGCCCUUAAAGACUAUAGCAUCGUACUGCUUCUUGGUGGAUGGAAGGAAGUUGAUUCCAAAGUUCUUGUAAACCGUGGGUUACUUUACCUAGAACUUCAGGAUUUUGCUAAUGCUCUUGAGGAUUUUAAAUGUGUGGCUUUAAGGACUCCAGGAGAUAUAAAGAUUCAUCUGGUGAUUGGAAACUGCCAUCAAAGGCUACAGCAAUAUGAAGAGGCUGUGCAAGCAUUUAAUCAAGCGUUGAACAUAACUCCUUUGUCUGCUGAGGCAUGCAUUGGCCGUGGAAAUGCCUAUAUAGAAUAUGGGCAUCAACGUGGUACUGCACAAGCUAAACGUGAUUUUUUGAGGGCACUUCAUCUAAGUCCCAGCUGCGUGGCUGCCCGGAUCUGCUUGGGGUAUACUCUGCAAGCUCAGGGGCUUUUUCAGCAAGCUUGGAAUCAUUUCACAGUAGCCCUUGAUAUUGAUCCACAAAGCAUAUUGGGAUUUGAGGGCCGAGCCAUUGUCAGCCUGCAAAUAGGAGACACCUUUGCUGCUCUUCAAGAUAUGAAUGCUGCUUUAAAGCUUUGUGGUUCAGCACAACUGCUCACAAACCGUGGAGUGAUUCAUCAGUUCAUGGGGAAGUUACCCAAUGCAAUGAGAGAUUACCAGGCAGCAAUCACAGCAGACCAAGACUAUUCACUGGCUUAUUUCAAUGCAGCAAACUUGUAUCUCCAUAAUCGGCAGUUCACACAGGCCAAAGAAUACUACACAAGAGCUGUGGCACUUGACCCUGCGAAUGAGUCAGCAGUUCUGAACAGGGGCAUUACAAAUAUGCUGUUGCAAGAUGCGCAAGCCGCAUUGCACGACUUCCAGCUUGUCCUUAGUCUCUGUCCUGUUUCCUCUGCCGCUUACUUCAACCGUGCCAGCCUGUAUAACACUUUACAGCAAUACCAGUGGGCAGAGAGCGACAUUUCACAAGCUCUAAAUUUGCAACCUGAUGACCCGCUCAUCUAUAAACUGAGGGCUGAUAUCAGAGGAAAACUUGGAUUAACCAAAGAAGCAAUAGAGGACUAUGAGCAUGCUAUUACCCUGCUAGGACAGUCUGCUCAGUAAUACUUCUCUGAGAGAACCCAUGCUUCACACUAACAGAGGAAUUCAGGCCCACCAUCACAAGCUGUAUCCAAAAUGAUUUUGCAUUCCGCACCCUGCUAGAUAACCAGUGACUUCAGAAUUCACUUACCGGGCAACCCCCCCAGUAACAUAACUGUUACAACAUAUAAAAUGCAAAAGCCUAAGCUCACUAACUGAGGUUCUCAUCAAACAUUUUAUAUGUACUAAAUGUGUGCCAUAUGAUUAUCAGUUUGAAGAUACAGCAUGACAUAAAAUGUACUGGCUCCUAACAUGCUGUAGCCUCUGUUGUAUCUACUGAAUCUGUGGCCCAUCAUAAGGCCAGACAGUCUCUGCUGGGCUGCCAUCAUUUCUCACAGGACAUGUAACAUGGCAUAAAAGGCAUUGUCAGGGGCCUGGCCCCUUUGGUGGCUCCUGCGAUGCCUUUAAAGUUAUGCUCUCUGCAGUAGCAGAGGUGAAUUUCUGUUUUAAUAAAAUGGAAAUUGGUCUUUUUGCUGCCCCUGGUAACUUUGGGGGCGCUGCUGCCUGAGGCGAGUUUCUCAACUUACCCUAUGUCAGCAGUGCUCCUGGGCAGUGUUUGGGGAAGGAGAAACAGCGGGAAAAUUCACAAAACAGCAAAAUUCUGCCAAAUGAAUUGGAGCCAAUGAGAAGGAGAAAUGACAUUGCAGUUAAGGUAUCAUAAUACAUGAUCGCUGCACAUUAACAAAUAAACAUGUAACAUUAACAGUUUGAUUGCUUUACCCCAUUUUGAACAAACUUUUUUGAGUUUGAGAAUAAAUACAUUUGCAAGUCA